AUGACCCCAAUGUCAUCCGGCUGGUGUCUGGGUGGCUGGGGACAGGUCAGUGGUGGGGUGGAGCUCGCCGAAAGAGGGGUACGACGGGAUGAUAGAGGAGGCGCGGAAGCUGCUGCAGAUGCCCUCUCUCUUCCUUCAUUGCUCCUCACUUCCCGCUGUUCUCUGUGCUCUCAGGUGGUGGGGUGGAGCUCGCCUAAAGAGGGGUACGACGGGAUGAUAGAGGAGGCGCGGAGGCUGCUGCAGAUGCACCCCGAUCGCAAGAAGAGCGAGGAGGACGCGGUAACGAUUCUACGAGCCCACUUCCCGCCCUUCCUUCUGCCACUCUUCAAGAGGUUCUUUGCUCCAUUGUGGGGCGGCCGGGUUGCUGCUGUUCUCUGUGCGUGGGUGACACACCUCGCCUGCCAGUGGCUCAUGGGGCCCAGCAAGGUGGUGGCGAUAGAGAUGGAGGACGGCAGGAAGCAGCUCUCAGGGGUGAAGAUAGAGAAGUGCAAGUUCCUGGACGAAUCGAAGUGUGCUGGCAGCUGCAUUCACACAUGCAAGAUGCCCACUCAGGCGUUUAUGUUUCAGGACAUGGGCGUGCCGCUGCUCAUGGAGCCCAACUUUGAGGAUUUCAGCUGCGAGUUCAAAUUUGGCAUGCGUGCCCCCCCUCGAGACACCGAUCCUGUGCUGCUCACUCCCUGCCUUGCCACCUGCCCCAUUCGCUUCCCUUCUCGCUCCUCCUCUCUCUCUCCUUCUCCCUCCUCCACCUCCUCUCCACUCGUGGACCCUCAGGCUCUACCAUGCACCUAG